UUGGUAAUUGGUGUACAAUAAUAUUGAAUAGCAUCUGAGCUAAGCAAGGUGCUGCUAGCCUCUCUAUCCAGAGACCACUCAUCAUCUCUCUUUCAUACCUUCACUCCACCACCCCAUUAGUUAAAAGAAGCCAAACUAUCCCUCUCUCUCUCUCUCUCUAAACCCUACUACCCUUGUAGCAUGUUCCCUCUUCCCCACUCCAAAGUUCAAAUCUUUCACCCACACACAUUCCUCUCCAACCCCCACACCCUCUUGGGUCACUUCUAGAACACCCAUCUCCCAACCCUUUUCAAACAAGAAACCAGAAAAUAUGGGAAGCAAAUGGAGAAAAUUGAAGCUUGUUCUUGGAUUGGAUUCCUGCGUUCACAUUCCUAGAGCCUUUGAUGACUCCUCCUCCUCCUCCUCCGCCGCAGCAAGAUUCUCCGGCGGCAUCUCCCCCGCCGUCGUCUCGCCGCCCGGUGACACCUCCGGCUACCGCCCCUCCACCCCAACACCGUCGUCUUCUGGCCUCCGGUUACCCAAAUCCGGACCCAAGUCACCUAAGGGGACAUGUGCUAUAUGCCUUUACACAAUGAAACCAGGGCAGGGCCAUGCCAUUUUCACUGCAGAAUGUUCUCACUCUUUCCAUUUUCACUGCAUCACUUCAAAUGUGAAACACGGGAACCAGAUUUGCCCCGUCUGCCGAGCAAAAUGGAAAGAAGUUCCGUUUCAAAGCCCUGCUUCUAAUAUUCCCCAUGACAUGGCUCGUAUCAACCAAGUAUCUCCUCGAGAUGAAGGCUGGACAACUGUCAUUCGGAGGCUUCCUUCUCCUCAAGGUGAGGCUGGUCGGCAGAUUUCAUCGCUUUAUCAUGUUACCGAACCAGCUGUUUUUGAUGAUGAUGAAGCCCUGGAUCAACAAACUAUAAUUAGCCCUCAUAAAAAUGAGACUGAUCACAAUGUAGUAAAUACAGUGGAGAUCAAAACAUAUCCUGAGGUUUCAGCUGUUCCAAAAUCAGCCGCUCAUGAUGCCUUCGCUGUACUAAUUCAUCUCAAAGCUCCUCAUUCAGGGACAAAACCUGAUAUUGAUGGAAACAGUACUGGAUCAUCACCUGUUGAGAACUCUCGUGCCUCGGUUGACCUUGUUACAGUUCUUGAUGUUAGUGGCAGCAUGGCGGGUACUAAGCUAGCAUUGCUAAAACGGGCGAUGGGUUUCGUCAUUCAGAAUCUUGGUCCAUCAGACCGGCUGUCUGUCAUUGCCUUCUCCUCCACAGCACGUCGCAUCUUUCCUCUUCGGCAGAUGACUGACACUGGACGACAGCAGGCAUUACAGGCUGUCAAUUCUUUGGUUUCAAAUGGUGGGACAAACAUUGCUGAAGGCUUGAGGAAAGGCGCCAAGGUGUUUGCUGACCGGCGGUGGAAGAACUCAGUUUGCAGCAUCAUAUUACUCUCUGAUGGACAGGAUACAUACACAGUCAAUAGCAGGCCAAAUAGUGGAACAGAUUACCAGUCACUUGUUCCAAACUCCAUUCAUCGUAACAAUGGUAUGGGAAUGCAGAUACCAGUGCAUGCAUUUGGCUUUGGCAGUGACCAUGAUGCUACUUCAAUGCAUUCAAUCUCUGAGAUAUCUGGGGGUACGUUUUCUUUUAUCGAAGCCGAGGAUGUCAUUCAGGAUGCAUUUGCACAGUGUAUUGGGGGACUCUUGAGUGUGGUGGUGCAAGAACUACAAGUAGAAGUUGAAUGUGUCCACCCACAUUUGCAACUUAGUUCGGUAAAAGCAGGAAGUUACCAAACAAGCUUGGUGGCGAAUGCAAGAUUGGCUACUAUCAAUGUAGGAGAUUUGUAUGCUGAAGAGGAAAGGGACUUUUUGGUGACAGUUAAUGUUCCGGUUGAUAAAUCAAGUGAUGAGAUGUCAUUAUUGAUUGUGCGAGGUCUUUACCGAGAUUCCAUAACAAAAGAAAUGGUGGCUUUGGAAGAAGCUAGUGAAGUAAAAAUUCAGAGACCUGAUGUAAGAAAUGGAGAACUUGUUGUGUCAAUAGAGGUAGACAGACAGCGAAACAGGCUUCGAGCUGCUGAGGCAAUGUCUGAGGCUAGAGUUGCAGCCGAACGUGGUGAUUUGUCAACUGCAGUUUCGGUCCUGGACACCUGUCAUAAGGCGUUAUCUGAAACUGUUUCUGCUCAAGCCGGGGAUCGGUUGUGUGUUUCUCUUUCUGCAGAGUUGAAGGAGAUGCAGGAGAGGAUGGCAAAUCAACGCAUAUAUGAGCAGUCUGGAAGGGCUUAUGUUCUGUCCGGAUUGAGUUCACAUUCUUGGCAAAGGGCAACAGCUCGUGGCGAUUCCACAGACAGCUCCAGCCUUGUGCAAUCAUACCAAACUCCUUCCAUGGUUGACAUGGUGACCCGUUCACAGACCAUGGUAUUUGGGGCGCCGCAAAAUAAACGUGUCCUCAGGCCUGCUAAAUCAUUUCCUGAGAGGCAGAGAAGGCAAUAAAAAUGAAAAAUUAUGUUUGGAAAAUUCUACUUGGCCUAUACAUAUACUUUUGGGGAAACCUUUGAGUUUCUUCUAAUCUUGUUUUACCCUUUGAUUUGUUUUUUUGUCAAGGUGGGGUAUAAUGGAAAGGAAGGAGUUUUAGGUGGACAAAAUUCCUGAUUUUGCCAAUAUGGAAACUGUAAAUGCAUAGGCUGGAAAUGGGGCUCAGCAGAGAAUGAAUGGCGAAAAGGGAUGCACAGGUCGAAUAUUUUAGUGUGAUUCUGAGUGUUGUAUAUAACCCUAUUGUUUUCGGUUGAAUUGUGCGGGUGAAUUUCUUCACUUCAUUAUAUACAUAUCAUAUAAUAUGUGCUUCUGAUUCUUUUCAAAA